UCGAACGGUCAUUUAAUUAUAAUAUAUACAUUUGAAUGACUAAGCAUAGGAAAACCGCAGUCACGAGUGACCAUAGUGUAAGCCCUAAAUUAGUAAGUUCAUAUAUUUAAUACGUAAUCAAAGAGAAAAACCGAAAGAGAAUUAGAAAAAAAUUGUUUAAGUUACAUUAUCACAGGACUAUAUAAGUCGAAAAAAUGAGCAAGUUGUUUAGUUUAUUAAUUUUUUUUGUGUUCAUAAAAACAAACACGAAUGCAUUCACAAGCGAUUUCGUUUAUCCGAAAUUGAAAAGAUGCGUUCUUGAUGAAAAUGCAGAUAUGGGUAAUCCUCUUUUUUUAACGCCGCUUAUUGAAAGUGGAAAGAUUGAUGAAGCUCGAAAGAAAUCUAUUGUUGAACACAAGGAAAUAGGCUCUGUUAGCAGUUAUGCAGGCUAUUUAACAGUAAAUAAAGAGUACGAUUCCAAUUUAUUUUUCUGGUUCUUCCCUGCUAAGCAUAAUCCAAAGGAUGCGCCAGUGGUAUUGUGGUUAGAAGGUGGUCCAGGAGCAACUACCUUAUUUGGUCUUUUCAUCUUACACGGCCCAUUUUUGGUUACUUCAAACAUAACGCUUGCACCGCGUAAUUAUUCCUGGACCAUUUCUCACAACUUAAUUUACAUUGAUAGUCCUGUUGGCACUGGUUACAGCUUCACUAAGAAUGAUGAAGGCUAUGCCAGGGAUGAAACCCAAAUAGGUAAAGAAAUUAAUACUGCUUUAGUACAGUUUUUUCAACUUUUUCCGGAACUUCAGAAUAAUGACUUUUUUGUUACUGGUGAAUCUUAUGCCGGCAAAUAUGUACCGGCUGUUUCUCAUGCUAUCAAAGAUUACAAUAUUAAUGCAAAAGUGAAAAUAAAUUUAAAAGGUUUGGCAAUAGGAAAUGGAUAUAUAGAUCCUGAGAAUCAACUUGUAUAUGGCGAUUACUUAUAUCAAAUAGGAUUAAUAGAUUUAAAUCUAAAGAAUUUAUUCCAUCAAUAUGAGACAAAAGCACGUGACUUAAUUAAGCAAAAGAAAUAUGUAGAUGCUUUAGAGUCGAUUAACGUAUUAUUCUCUGGUGAUCCGUCUAUUUUGACAAAUGCAACAGGUUUUCAAUAUUACUUUAAUUAUUUACGGACAGAGGAUACUAAUGAAACUCUAUGGGUGUCAGAGUGGGCGCAAAGAGCAGAUGUUAGACGUGCCAUACAUGUAGGCAAUUGUACUUUUAAUUUUACAAGUGAAAUAGUUGAGAAUUAUUUGAAAACAGAUAUAAUGCAAUCUGUAGCUGUACUGGUAUCAGAUUUGUUACAACAUUAUAAAGUUCUCAUUUAUAAUGGUCAACUUGAUAUUAUUGUUGCAUAUCCGUAUGUUCUUAAUUUUUUGCAAAAUUUGAAAUGGCCUGGUGCAGAGAAAUAUAAAACGGUUGAUCGGAAGCAGUGGUGGGUUGAAGAUGAGUUGGCUGGUUAUACAAAGUCUGUUGAUAAUCUAACAGAAGUUCUUGUACGAAAUGCAGGUCAUUUGGUUCCUUAUGACCAACCUCGCUGGACUCUUGAUCUUAUUACUCGCUUCACGCGUAACAGACAAUUCUAAUCAGCAAUCGUGUAGCGUGUAGUGGAUUGUUGCCAAAUUUAUACGAUACCUUUUAUUAUAUGCAUGAGGCUAUUUUUAUAUAAUAAAUAGUUUUUUCUAUAACGAUAAUAAUAUAAAGAAAAAGAGAAAGAGUUUAUAAACAAGUGUAGAGGAAUAGUUACUUCACAAACAAAUAGAUGCAAACUAGAUUGGAAAAACUGCAAGAUUGCGAAGUGAAUACAAGGAUGAUGAACUGCAAUUUUCGAGAUGAUAAUAAUAAUAAUAAAAUUAUAUUAUUUUAUAGCUUUUUACAUAAAUAUACUUAUAUUUGAAAAGAUUCAAAGUUGAUGACAAUUGUAAUCAACAUUGGAGUUGUAAAAAAUUGUUUCAGAUUUAAUAAAAUGAUAUUUUAGUUUUUGAAGA